UUCUUGUUUUGAUGCUUUGAUAUUAAUAUUUAUUAUUUAUCCAUAUGUGUGUAUAAUGGCAUUUUAUUUGUUUUACCUUUGAAUUGAAUUGAUCAUCGCCAUCUGAAAUAGUAUGACCUGAAAUUAAUAUUUGAUCGACACGACAAAUUGUUUCUUUUGUUUUGGACAAAUAAAAUCAUCAAUUAAAAAUCAUGUCUGGCUUUACACAGCAAGCAUUUGAAAAGAAAUUAAAUGAAUUAAAUUCUUCACAACAAUCAAUACAGACAGUAUCGUUAUGGCUUAUACAUCAUCGAAAACAUUAUAAAUCGAUUGUACAAACAUGGUUUCAAUCAUUGAAAAAAGCUAAACCAGCAAAAAGAUUAACCUAUAUGUAUCUGGCCAACGAUGUCAUUCAGAAUAGCCGUAAAAAGGGACCCGAAUUUUCCAAAGAAUUUCUUACCGUUUUGCUUAAAGCAUUCGAACAUAUAUCCAAUGAAAUAGAAUCAUCGACUUUAUCAUCGUUGGAACGUUUGUUGAAAAUUUGGGAAGAACGAAACAUUUAUGAAAAAAAUCAUAUAACAUCAUUCAAACAAGCAUUAAACAUUAAAACAUCAUCAAAAUCCAAUUCAAAUACAACAACAAUAGUUCAGGAUACUGAAACGAUAAAUAAUAAUAAUAAUAAUAAUAAUAAUAUCAGCAGCAGCAAUACUAAUAAUAAUAAACAUACGAAAAAACAUUUGAAACGAGAAAACGAAGAAAGUUCAUCACAUGGAAAUGGUCAUAUUCAUAGUAGUAAUAAAAAAUUUUCACCAGAUUUUCAACUUGAUGCAGAAGUUAUGAAUACUAUGAUGACAAAAAUUGGAUCAAAGAUUGCAGCUGAAUAUCCAGUCGAUAUGAAUAAUUAUGAAAAUAUUGAAUCGGAAAAGUUGAUUAAAAUAUUAAAAGAAUUGGAAAACUGUGCUUCGGCUGAUGAAGAUAUGCGAAAAAAAAUUGCCAGCAUGCCAUCCGAACUUUUCGAUGUAAAAUUGUUUGAAAAAGUUAUAUCGAAUGGACCGACUGAAAAUUGGGUACAAUUAGUGAAUGAAGCACAGAAUAUAUUGACAUCAUAUAACACCAGAUUGGCCAAAGAAUUGGAAGGACGUAAACAAUUAUCCACUAUGUUGGUAUAUUUUAUUGAAGGCCAACGUCGUGCAUUGACACAAGCAGAACAAAGUCUUAAACAAUAUCGAGAUAAACUGAGAAAAGUUAUUUCGGUACGCGAAGAACUACAAUCACAUUUACAAAAUUUACCUGAUUUGAGUCGAUUACCAUCCGUAUCACCAUUACCAUCAGCAAUCGAUUUAUUCAAAAAAGAAAAACCCGAUUAAAUUGUAUUAUAUAUAUAUCUUAACUUUCAUCGUUUCUUUUAAUUUUCAAGAUUAUAUUUGAACAUUUGAAAUUAUUCUAAA